UGUUGUUUUUGUGAUAUAAAGAGCAGAGCUGACACUCCUCCUCAGUCUGAACAUGAAGCAAAAAGAAGAAACCCGCCCUGCGCCUCGCAGCAGUCUGGAGCAGAGGAAGCUGCGUUCCCGUGACGCGGCACGCUGUAGGCGGAGCCAGGAGACGGAGGUGUUCUACGAGCUGGCCCGCACGCUGCCGCUGCCCCGCCGCGUCUACACUCACCUGGACAAGUCGGCCAUCAUGAGAGUCGCUCUCAGCUUCCUGAGGCUGCACCGAUUUCUACGGCCCGCAGCUGAGCGUCUCAGCGAGAUGUCUGAGGAGGACGAGGACCCGAUGGACGCCUUCUGUCCUCAGGCGCUGGCCGGCUUCAUCAUGGUGCUGACGGAGGACGGAGACAUCAUCUAUCUGACGGAGGACGUCAACAGACAUGUCGGCAUUGCACAGCUGGAGCUGUUGGGUCAGAGCAUCUAUGACUUUGUUCAUCCCUGUGAUCAAGAGGAGCUCAGAGAGCUGCUGUCCCCAAGACCAGCCUUCAGUAAGAAGCAGCUGGCAGAGCAGCCGAGCCAGAGGAACUUCUUCCUGAGGAUGAAGAGCACGCUGACCAGCAGGGGGCGUACCGUCAACAUCAAGUCUGCUGCCUGGAAGGUCUUCCACUGCUCCGGGCUGCUUCGGCCUGCAGACGGCUCGGCGGCACCCCCCUCAGGUCGAGUGAUGACGUUGCUGUGUGAGCCCAUCCCCCACCCGUCCAGUGUGGAGUUUCCUCUGGACACGUGCACGCUACUCACACGCCACAGCAUGGACCUCCGCUUCACUCACUGCGAGGGCAGGGUGACGGAGUUGGUUGGAUACAGACCGGAGGAUCUGAUUGGUCGAUCAGCUUUCCAGUUUCAUCACGCGCUCGAUUCUGAACACGUCAGCAGCAGCCUGCAUACACUGCUGUCUAAAGGACAGGUGUCCACCAGUCAGUACCGUUUCCUGGCGCGGCAUGGUGGAUUUGUCUGGGUGGAGACGCAGGCGACUGUACUCUACAGCAGCAGACUGUCCCAGCCCGAAGCUGUCAUCUGUCUCAACUUCAUCCUCAGCUCUGUGGAGCAGCCUGACGUGGUUUUCUCGGUGGAGCAGACCCGGUGUGGUCGUCGUCCUGCAGCAGAGGAUUGUGGGUUGUCUGAGCUCAGUGACUCUGACAGCAAGCCUCUCUCCGGCUGCGCUAACACUGAGGCAGACCCUGCUGCAGACGCUGCUGCAGACACCGCAGACGCUCCCGAGGCUGAGGACGCCGUCGUCCCGCUGGCUGGAGAUCUGGUGGAGCUGUCCUUCUCCGGUCCGGCCAGUGUGGACUCUGUCCCUGAUCACCCUGAGGACAUGUGUAGCCCUCAGCUCCGACAGCUGCUGUCCCCCAUCUUCAGCCCCCUCACCCCUCCUCCUUCAUCUUCAUCUCCAUCAUCAUCAUCAUCAUCAGCUGAUCUGAAGCAGGACGAGGACGAGGAGGACAGCAGCUCUGUGCUCAAGUUCUUCAGUGUGUGUGAGCAGCCGGAGGACACACUCGAGGACGAGCCGAUGGACCUGGACAUGUUGGCUCCGUACAUCUCCAUGGACGACGACUUCCAGCUGAGCGUCUUCAGCUGCUCAGAGGAGCAGAACGCCACGCUGACAGAGGACACACCGCCAGCCGCCGGACGCAAACGGACUCAUAACGGGGACAAGGACAAGGCGUCCCAGCAGACGAGUCAGGAUAAGAGACGCAGACAAGAUCCGUCCUCAUCAGAGGAGGAACUGCUGCUGAUCCACAGACUGCUGGGCUGUCUGCAGGACAGCGACCAAUCAGAGUCCCUCCUGGAUCCAGGUCCUGGGGGGUGGAGUCAGCUGCUAACAGACAAAGACCCUGUGUUAGGAGCCCUGAUGAGUCCUCUGGACCUGUCUCCUCCUCUGUCCCCCAUCACCUGAAGGAGCUGCAGUCCCAGUCUCAGCUCGUCCUGCAGUGAGACAGUCUGACAGUGAGACAGUCUAGCAGUUAUCAGAACCUGACUCCUGAAGGUGGAGCUGUUGUAGAUACUGUUUCUCUAAUAUAUUUACACGUUUCCAUUGCUGUCAGAGGAAGCAUCGUGGUGUCGGCCUGUUAGAAAAAACAUGGUGCUAUAAACAGCCGUUAAACACGUGGAAAUGUUUCUCUGUGCAGCUAAAUGAACUUUAUAGCAGCUUUGAACUGUCUGUCAUCUUUUAACCCUCUGGAGAUAAAAAACCUUCAGCUGUGUUUCCUGUUUUGCUUCCCUUCUGAAGUUCUGCUUCAGACUGCAUGAGGCCAGAUUGUGUUUGAUGAUGAUAGAACAAGUAAAACCAGAGAUAAGGGCAAAUAUAUUUAUUCAGAAUUGGAACAGGCAUUUAACGUUCUGGGUUCAAAAUGUGGAUCAGUGAGUCAAAGUAAAACAUAAUUAUCAUUUAUUACCUGUUUAUACACAGACAGGAGCAGAAGGGUCUCCACAGGGUUAAACUCCCAUCAUGCAUCAUCUGCUUCAACUGUUAUUCUUAUAUUCUGUUUUAAUCUCACUGACAUUUUGUAUUUUCUUAAAAUUAUAGUGACAGAUAUACUUGUGGUUAUCAGUGGCAGCAUUUAUUUCUGUAAGACUUUAUGAACUAUGUUAUACUUAUAUGUUGUUGGUGUUUGUUUUAAUGACUCUGCGGUGCUAGGCGGGUGGGGUUUGCCUGUUUAACACUCCCUGUGAGAGGAGAGGAACUGUGGGGAUGGAUGGUGAUGGGUGGUGGUCAGUGGUGAUGGAUGAGGAUGGAUGAUGUUGGAUGAGGAUGGAUGGGGAUGGUCGUGGCCAACAGUAACGAUACUAUCGUCAUAUUUAAAGAAAUUGUGAAAAUCAGUUAAAUGCAUCUUGAAUAUUGUUCAUUUUUCCUUUUGUCUCUUUCUUGGCAAAUAACGAGAAAACGAACCGUGAAUAAAUCAAAUCCAGUUUAAAUCUGUAACCAGAUUAACUAUAAACAGUAGCCUUGUAUUGUUCAAUAUACGUCAUGUUUUAUUGUAAUGAAACAACGAGUAUUAAUGAUUUGUUACAUUUGAUUUUAUGUUAAAUUGUGCCUCAACUGUGAGAUAUAAUGAGCAGACUUGUGUUUCAGUUGCAGUGUGUUUGACUCUGUUUAUGCAAACUGUCUAACGAUUCAAUGUGAAGAGUCACUCUUUGGACAUGUUCUCUGUGCCUUGUCUCCUCAUUAAGAGACAAACGAGACUUUCUUUGAUUUUUACGGUUUUAUCCUGUUUGCAGUCUCAAGUGAAAUAAAGCUGAAGAAGGAAAA